GUCAUCGCGUACCCCGCCCCACCCCCUGCCGACGCGGUGCGGUGGGAGAGAGCCGUCGCCGUGCACGCACACGGAGAGGAGAUGCUGCGAGCAGGAAUCAUGUUGGUGACGGCCGCAGUACUGCUGAUGAGUGCCUUGUGCUGCACAGGGCAACAGAUCAAUGUCAACACAUUCGAUCCGGACUGCAUUGACAUAUUUCCACAGGAUGAAAUGCGCAUGUGCCAAGGUGGUCUGAAAGUGGACUACCCAGAGGCUGGUGAUGUCGCCUGCAGCGUCAUUACAAAGUGCUACGACUUCCGCUCCUUGAUUACCAACAAGUGGCCGGCUCCUUCUGUUGUCUUUCCUACAGCCACGUUGGAUGCAAAGUACGUGCUGGUGAUGGUUGAUCCCGAUGCUCCCAGCCACACCAAUCCAAUCUGGAAGUACUGGAGACACUGGCUUGUGUCCAACAUCAAGCACCACCGCCAACGCAGUAGCAUCGCCAAAUCAUUUGUGAAACCAUGAAAGGCAUGGUGAAGACAAGGCGUGAUAUCAACAUGGACAUGGACAAUUUAGAUCCCAGCCAACCAUGCCAGCAAAAACUGGAUUCAGAAAAGAUGUUUUCUAUCAGACUGAUAAAGCACCCAUAUUAUAGAAAUGCAACACAAACUCCGCUGUAUAAUUUCACGACAUACAAAUCAUGCAUUCAUAAUCGAUCAUUGCCAAUUACCCAUGCACAUCCCCAUUGAGAUGCAUUAUCUCCUCUCCCAAGGAAGAAGGCCUUGUUAAUUAUUUGAAAGGUUUUUUUUUUCACAGGUCAUUUUACGAGGUUGGAUUGUGGGAGCGAUGUCGCAACGUUGGGCUGCUCAGCACACCACAGCUCCCCGAUUGUUUCCCUGAUUAAUCCCCCCCCGCGCCACUCUCGGCUAUAACAUUUACACGCACUGGCUGCAUGUCAGCAGGCACUGAGCAACUCUGCUCUGCAACCGAACGGAUAUUACGCACAACUCAAUAGCAGAGACCC